AUGGAAAAAGUAAAAAAUUGCCAUAACAAUAUAAAUAAUAGUAUAGACAAUUUUAAUUUUAUUAAUGAAUUCCUUGAGUUUAAAUGGAAUCCUACUGAUGAUGAGUCAGAUAGAAAAAAAAGGAACUAUCAUUCAAUAAGAUAUUCAUAUGUCACCUCACAUUCGUAUUUAAAAUCUAAAUAUGGAAAAAGGAAAACCACCAAAAUUGAAGAUUUUAUAAGCUGCUUACACGAGAAAAUUAAUACCGACGUAAAUUUUAAUAGGAGAACAAAAAAUAAUAAGAGACAAAAAGCCGUAAAAGAUGAGGUCUUGAAUGCUACCAAUAAGACUGUUAGCGCAAUGGGAGACGAUACGAAAGACGACGCUGAGCAGUCAGAAUAUGUAAUUAAAUGGAACAAGAUAAAACUAUUUUUGAUAUUAACAUUACUAUCUGAGAGAGGUGGACCAGAAUAUUGGUGUGAUGAUAGAUCGAUUGAAGAGGGAAGGCUUGAAGAUUUGGAACAAUCAAAGAAACAGCGUGAUAACAGCAGUAUACCAGGAAAAGAAGUUAGAAACUCAACUCUGGAGAGCAGUGAUUUGAUAGAUGAUAAACGGCGCUUAACCAAACACGGCAAUGACGGGGAAUUAGGAAAGCCAUCUUUGACCGAAUUAAUUAUUAAGAAGAAUAUUAAUAAAUCAUAUUCAGAGAACCCACUUAAGCCAACUGAUGUGAAUUAUGUGUUCAGUUCUAUUUGGGCUAAUUUUAUGGAAGGUUUAAUAAACCAUUACAUGGAAACAAGGAUUAUACCACAGGUGGAAAAGGAAAUAUCCUUCCAUUUAUUUAUGCCUAUGAUGGAAACCAUUGCAUACUAUAAGGAAUAUAGAAAUAAUGAAGAAGAAGAGGGUGAAGAUAACAUAAGUCAUGAUAAAAUUCCGAAUACAAUUUGUGAGAAGUUUAAACAAUUGGGGGAUUUAUAUAACUCUUUAAUUAACGAUGAACAAGAUUCUCAAUUGGACGACUUUGUUUAUUGUGCAGAAGAAUAUACAGAAACGAUUUAUAUUCCACACUUAAUAAACAUGUUAUUUGAAAACAUAGAGUUAGGGAAUCCUUGUGUUUGGGAGGUUCUUGAAGUUCUGGAACCCUUUUUUUAUUAUAUCGAGGAUUGUGCCGAAGAAGAUGAAGACUACCAAGCUAUGGAAAACUAUACAAAACAUACGAAGAAGGGGAAAAGCAAUAACACAAAAGAUUAUGGUAACACUUACAAUAAAAACAAUGGCGAGGGAGUAUUAGAUCCUAGACUUUACGCUAUUGAGAAAAUAUGUACAAUAGCUAACCAAGAGCAAUGGUUUUAG